CUCCGUAUUGGUGAUUAUAAAACAUGGAUCUACAGAGUCAGGCACAGAUGUUCGAAGCCCAUAUUCAGGGAUACAAAGGCGACGAUCCACUUGAUCUCUGGGAUAGGUAUGUACUUUGGGCAGAAGAAGCUCUCCCCCCACAAGAGAAGCAGAACAUUUUUUGUCUGCUUGAGCGUCUAGUUCGGAACUUCAUAGGAGACAAAAGAUACUGCAACGAUGAGCGAUAUCUGAAGUACUGCAUCAGAUUUGCUGACACAAUCAAUGAGCCAGGACAGUAUUUUGAAUACCUAUAUAACCAAGGCAUUGGACAUCAGUCUGCUGCUCUGCAUGUGACAUGGGCUCAGUUGCUAGAAACACAAGGAGAUCUGCAGAGUGCCAGUGCUCUGUAUCAGAAGGCAAUUCACAGCAAUGCAAAGCCUAUGGAAAUUCUGGAUCAGCACUACAGAACAUUCCAGAUCAGGAACUCUCAAGCAAAUAUAGCAAAUCGUGGUGCACCAGUGGAACCCCUUGGGAAUUCUCAGAUUUUAAAUCAAAUGAACCCAACUUCAGCAUCAUCAAAUGUGGAUCAGUUAUCUGUUGCUAAAUGUGAGAGCUCUACACCUUCAGAAAAUCACCCUUCUCAAGAAUCUGCAUGCAAUGUUGAUAGAAGUGGGAACAAAUGGGUCACCAUCUCCAAAUCAGCAGUGGUUCCUCAGCCUGUGAAAUGUGUGGGAGUGGAAGUGAAACAGGUCCCUAUGUACUGUAAAGAUAAGCUGGUCUGUGCAGAUUCUGAGUUGUCGUUUGAGGAAUUCCGAGCGAGUAUCUACAGAAAGAAAUAUGAGCAGCGCAGAAAGAUGCAGCAGUGGGAGGAAGAAGAAAGGAAAUACAAGAAAUUUAAGGAGGAAGCGGCUCUCCAGGAACAACUGUUAAAGCAGAAGAUGGAGCAGCUGAGCAGUCUGCUGCAUGUCCAGGGAAGGCAGGAGGUGCUGCCCCAAAAUACUGCUAGGCAAAUGCCUGAGGUCCCCCAGACUACAAAUAGCCAUUUUUCUAUAUCAAGUGGGCCAAUAACUCAAAAUCUUCCAGAAUCGGAAACACAAGCUUCCCUUAUAUCUGUACCAAUAUCUGUACCUACCUCUCUAUCUGCUCCUGCUAUGCCACAAAUGGCUUCCUCCAGCAUGUCUUCUUUUGGGAGAAAGGGGUGCCCAGCUGCUGCUGAAGAGUGGAUGCCAGCUCCAGUGGAUCAGAACUCUGUUCUCUCUGCAGCAGCACCACAUGUUCCAAGGGCUCGUGUGUCUGAACAAAGUAUCCUAAACAAAUCCCAAUCAAAUCUUGACAGAUCGACGGCCACUGUUCUUGAAAUGUCCAAACAAGUCUGCCAAGACACCAGUUCAAUAGUACAAGGUCUCAGAGUCCAGCCUGGGAAAAAGGAAGUAUCUGCAGUCGGAAACUCGUCUGGGUAUUUAGCAAAUACAUCACAUGUAACACCGAACACUUCUUUGGGCUUGGUGCAGGCAACUCCAUCCAAAGUAUUGCCUUCACCCACUGUCAAUACUAAAGAAGCACUUGGGUUUAUAAUGGACAUCUUCCAAACAUCCACACUCCCAGAUAAUGUGGAAGAAGAAGAGGAGGAAACCCAAGAUGAAAUUGACCAGGAGUUUGAAGCCUUUUGUCGAAAUGACAACAAAACGGGUCCUAACACUGUUGGCUUCCCGGUACUGCCCAAUGUCGCCCCUGCAUUGCCAUCAGACUUCUGUAUCUUCGAAGACAACGUGGGCAAAUUGAACGACUUACAGAGCAAACCAGUAGAAGUAAAAUCACUCCGCGAACGCCCUGCACUGAGACCACCUUUGAAAUCUAAUGAGGAGGUCAAAGCAGCAGAGUCUUUGGUAGAUGACAGUACAGUGUGGGCAGUUCGAUGCAACAAAACGCUAGCCUCCAGCCCAAACAGCACAGGGGACUUUGCUCUGGCAGCCCGACUUGCAUCUACUCCUGCAAACAAGCAGACACAGCCAACAUGGCAGACCCUGGAAGAUAAAGAGAAUGCAGUUGCUGAAAGUGUCGUCCAUACUGUCUUUGACUUUGCUGAGGAUAAAGUAAUCCAAGUCUCCAAAUCCCGUAAGCUAAGUCCAAUACAAGAACAAAGCCCAGAGCAUUCCAAAAUCUCGGGUGCAGUGCAGUCUCCUUCAUGCACUGUUAUACCUGCUGAAUCUCCGGCAGCUGAGCUUAUAUCUGAUUAUGUGGAGCAGACCGGCCAGAAACUGGCAGCAUGCAAACUAUCAGAUACAUUGUACCAACCCGCACUGGGAAGCUUGGAAGAUCCCUGGGGGGUAACCACACAAACUCUGGAUCCAUAUGAAGAGGAAAAAACAGAAACCAUUGUUAAUGCUCCACCUGAACUGGUUAUUAUUGAAAAUGCAUGGGAUGAAAAACGAAUCGACCGUCUCCUGUCUGAACUACCAAAAUCACUUGGUUCUCAUGAAAACUACUAUCAGUGUCACACAAUGGUUCCUGUUUUGAAACCCAAGAUGGAAGUGAAGCUGGGAUCCAAUUCAUUUUAUAUUGAUAAUCUGCUCGGGGAAGGAGCAUUUGCGCAUGUCUAUCAGGCCUCCUUGUUGGAUACAAAUAUCCAGAGUAAUCAGAAGUUUAUAUUAAAGGUUCAAAAGCCAGCCAAGCCCUGGGAGUUCUACAUUGGAACACAGAUAAGAGAGAGGAUAAAUCCAGAAUUAAGGCAUCUGUUUAUAGGCUUCCAUGCUGCACAUCUGUUUGACAAUGGAAGCGUGCUGGUUGGUGAUCUGUACAACUAUGGUUCAUUGCUGAAUGCCAUUAAUCUGUACAAGAAACUGAGUGAGAAAGUAAUGCCAGCACCACUAGUCAUGUAUUUUGCCAUCAACAUCCUCUACAUGGUGGAACAGCUCCAUAACAUUGGGAUUAUCCAUGGAGACGUCAAGCCUGAUAACUUUGCGAUUGGUGAAAGGUUCCUGGAGAAUGAAUCGUGCAGCCUUGAUUUUGUAUCUCAUGGUCUGGCAUUGAUUGAUCUGGGUCAGAGCAUAGACAUGACUCUCUUUCCUAAAGGAACUGCUUUCAUGGGAAAGUGCGAUACGUCUUGCUUUCAGUGCACUGAAAUGCUGACUAAAAAGCCAUGGAACUAUCAGACUGACUAUUUUGGAGUGGCCGGGACAGUUUACUGUAUGAUGUUUGGCAAUUAUAUGAAAGUGAAGAACGAGCAAGGAGUCUGGAAACCAGAUGGAUCUUUUAAAAGAUACCAACACGGGGAGCUUUGGACGGAGUUUUUUCACACCUUACUGAAUGUCCCUGACUGUCACAGUCCAUCCCCACUCCGGGCCCUUCGGGAGAAGCUCAUGUCAACAUUCAUGCUGUACACCAACAAGAUCAAGUCAUUCCGCAACAGACUUGUCAUCCUGCUUCUAGAGAACAAGCCUUCCCGCAAAUAGACUUUUAAAUCCAAGCUCAGUCCUUAGUGUAGGUUUUAUGGAAAUGUAUGGACUUUGUAAGCACUGCAAGUACCUACUCGGCUCAGUGGUUUGAAAAAAAAUGAACCCAAAAUAAUUCCUUUGCCAAUACAUCUGCAAGGAGGAAAGAUCUACUGGCAAACACUCAAGUCGUCCAGGCUUCGUAGUAAUGUGCGUAGAAUUGUAAACGGCACAGUUUUAAGAUGUAACUUCUCUGGGACUCCAGCCAAUCUGUUUACAACUUGCAUUUCUCAUUAAAGGAGAAACAAACCCUUAAUAAAAAAAAAAUAAAAAAACCUACCCUACAUAGACCCCCCUCCCAGCCUAGCUGCUCCCUGGGCAAAUGCCCUUAACUCUUUACUUACCCCUCCAUGCAGAUUCUGUUCAGCGGAGUUCACGAGCGCCAUCUUCAGCUGCUUCGGUAAUCUUCGGAAUGAGACAGACGCUUCUGCAAUUUUCGUGAGUUUUGGCGCAUGCAUAGUUGUUGCGAAACAGAUAAUUGCUCCAACUGCUCAUGUGCCAUUUCGCCAGUCUCAUUCCGAAGAUUACUGAAGAGAUGGCGCUGUGAACUCCACUGGACAGAAUCUGCAUGGAGGGGUAAGUACAGCGUUGGGGGCAUUUGCUUGGGGGGGGGCAGCUAGGCUGGGGGGAGGGGGGUCUAUGUAGUUUAGCAAGUAGGGUUUUUUAUUAAAGGUUUGUUUCUCCUUUAAGAGUAUACCAACCAAUAUGGUGCUAGCCAAUUCUAUCUGCCAUGUGCUCUGAGAUCUGCCAACAUCAUGAUGUAUUGUUUAUAAACAACACUUUUAUUAAAAAUGUUAUUGGCUGCGUGAUGUUUUUACGCAGUUGUCUUGCAGAUGCUUUGAUUAGAUCCCGCUAUGUACGAAGCAGAAAGAAUUUUAUGUGUAGACCAUUUGUAUUUUGUAAUAUUUCUGUACAUAAUUUUUUUUUGUGGGAAGGAAAAAAAAAAAAGAAGCAACUUGACAAUACAACUGAACUAUAUUAAUAAAAAGUAUGUAUAUAA